GUCAUUGUGCUGCCGCUGCGCCAUCACCAGCCAGCCGCUAGUAGCAGUGAGUAAUAUCCCGUUGAAAACGCUAUUUACUUCGGGCGUCUGAUACUCUUUAUAGCACCGCGGAGAUCUUUGUGAAUAAUUUAUGUACGAUGGAAAACAUCAGCAGAGGACUUUAGGAGAUUGUCCGGGAUUCUCUUUUAAAUGCGAUGUGGAGAAUAUAAGGACCCUGCUGGACUUUAAAUAAAGAUCAUAGAGGAUGGGCUGUGUGCAAUGUAAGGAUAAAGAGGCUGCUAAGUUAACAGAGGACCGGGACACCAGCUUGUCUCAGAGUGGAGUGGGUUACCGAUAUGGCGUCGACCCCACACCACAGCACUACCCAGCCUUCAGCGGGACCGGCACUGGAGUCGCAGCCAUUCCCAAUUACAACAACUUCCACGGAGCCGCUGUCCCGCAGGGCAUGACGGUCUUCGGAGGGAUCAGCACAUCCACACUCCAAGGAACGCUCCGCACUCGAGGAGGCACAGGUGUGACUCUGUUUGUAGCUCUGUAUGAUUACGAGGCCAGGACUGAAGAUGAUCUCAGUUUCAGGAAAGGAGAGAAGUUUCAAAUCAUCAACAGCACUGAGGGUGACUGGUGGGACGCACGAUCUCUUACUACUGGAGGAACCGGCUACAUUCCCAGCAACUACGUUGCCCCCGUGGACUCAAUCCAGGCUGAAGACUGGUAUUUUGGAAAGUUGGGUCGUAAGGAUGCAGAGAGGCAGCUUCUUUCUACAGGGAACCCCCGUGGCACAUUCCUGAUCCGCGAGAGUGAAACCACUAAAGGUGCCUUCUCUUUGUCUAUCCGGGACUGGGACGAUGUAAAGGGCGACCAUGUAAAACAUUAUAAAAUCCGCAAACUGGACAGUGGAGGCUAUUACAUCACGACUAGAGCUCAGUUUGAGACCCUUCAGCAGCUGGUCCAGCAUUACACAGAGCGGGCAGCAGGGCUUUGCUGCCGCUUGGUCGUACCCUGCCACAAAGGGAUGCCAAGGCUCACCGACCUGUCUGUCAAAACCAAAGAUGUGUGGGAGAUCCCGCGGGAGUCACUGCAGCUCAUAAAGCGCUUGGGCAACGGCCAGUUUGGGGAGGUUUGGAUGGAGAGUGCAGAUGGUUUGUGCUUUAACUUAACGGGUGUGUGCAUGGUCUACAUCCCUGAUACUGUGGGACUUAGCCAUGAUUCCUGGGAGAUCGCUCGCGAGUCUCUGACGCUGGACAUGAAGCUGGGGGCCGGGUGUUUUGCUGAUGUGUGGUAUGGCACGUGGAACGGCAACACUAAAGUUGCUAUAAAGACCCUGAAGCCGGGAACCAUGUCUCCUGAAUCUUUCCUGGAGGAAGCGCAGAUCAUGAAGAAACUACGGCAUGAUAAACUAGUGCAGCUCUACGCCGUGGUGUCUGAAGAGCCCAUCUACAUCGUCACUGAGUACAUGGGCAAAGGAAGUCUCCUAGAUUUCUUGAAGGACGGAGAGGGACGAGCGCUGAAACUGCCCAACCUGGUGGACAUGGCGGCCCAGGUGGCUGGAGGAAUGGCCUACAUCGAGAGGAUGAACUACAUCCACAGAGAUCUGCGCUCCGCUAAUAUCCUGGUUGGUGACAGUCUGGUGUGUAAGAUUGCUGACUUUGGCCUGGCUAGACUCAUUGAAGACAAUGAAUACACUGCCCGACAAGGGGCUAAAUUCCCUAUUAAGUGGACCGCUCCUGAGGCGGCGCUGUACGGGAAGUUCACCAUUAAAUCCGAUGUCUGGUCUUUUGGAAUUCUGCUUACAGAGCUGGUCACGAAAGGCAGAGUUCCAUAUCCUGGCAUGAACAACAGAGAGGUCCUGGAGCAGGUGGAGCGCGGCUACCGGAUGCAGUGUCCUCAGGACUGUCCCAGCUCUCUGCAUGAGCUGAUGGUGCAGUGCUGGAAGAAGGACGCAGAGGAGCGGCCCACCUUCGAGUACCUGCAGGCCUUCCUGGAGGAUUACUUCACCGCCACCGAACCUCAGUAUCAGCCCGGAGACAACCUCUAGAAGCCAUCCUGCUGGACCGACUCUGAUAUCCUCCUCAUCCCCGGGGCCAGAACUGGACCUUUCUGAGCUCCUGUGAGUGAACAAUCAAGCGUUUGCACACACUUUCUCCAGGAGGUAAACAGUGGAAACUGUGGGUAAAUUUGGGGAGGAUGUAACCAUGCUUUUGUUCAGAGCGUAAUGAUGAUGAUGCCUGUGUUCAGUGUAAAUACAAACUCUGCUAGUUUACGCUUUAUUCUCCACUUUGCUUUGGUUCAUGUUUUGUUUCGCUCUCCCUGCUCGUGUUUUCACGGUGGCGUCAAACACAGGCAUCUGUGAUGGUUUUGGGUGUUCGCCAAUGCACAGAACCAGUCUCUGUGUCUGGCUGGAGAACGUGGUUUAUUGAUCCUCUCCUCUGCUGAUUGGAUGUUCCAGAUGGAGGAAAACUAAGAAAAGAUGUUUAAUAUUUCAAUGAUUAUCAAAUAUCUCAAUCUGCAAGGCGAACACUGCAAUAAAUGCUGCUUAACUUGGAGUUUUGGUCAUGUUUCUAAUCCAAAUAUCUAAUAACUCUUAAAUAAAGAAGCAUUUUCUAGACGAGUAUAAAAUAUAGUGUUGUUUUUAGCAAUAAUGAGUCAAAAUGAAGAGAGUUUUUCCUUAAAACAAGCUAAAUAAUCAGCCAAUGGGGGAAGUUCAAUAGUUUUAUCUCAAAGUGAACACAACAUUAUUGUAAGUACCCCAUUUUGACUCAUUAUUCCUGAAAAUAAAGCAGUAUUUUUGAGUAUUUUUAGACAUUUAUAUUAGGAACAAGACCCAAACUCUACCCACAGCAUUUCUUUUCUUUGCAGUGAGUUGAUUCUGUGUUUUUAAUUUAUUUUUGUUGACAUAAGAUACUAAUUUGAUCUGACAGUGUGUGAUAAUGAUGUCCUAUCCACAGUACGAGAUGUUCAUCUAUAAUGUAACAAAAGAAAUAUUUUACACAUGAUGUACAUGACGCUUUUGUAUUUCCAGAUCAAUGUUAAAGACCAUACGUCGCCUCAUCUCCAUAGAGGAAACCCCUCUUGUUUAGUUCCCAGCUGACAGGAUUAUUAAGGGGAAAGCUGCCAUCAGAUUAGAAAACCUUCCUGUUUCCACAUACUAAAGCUGUGUCCCAAGCCUGAAGAAUGCUGCGUUCACAUUGAGCAGGUGUUUUCACAAUAUAAUAUAUACAGUCAAAAUGAUUAACCCUCCUGUCAAAUUAGUAUGUUUUACAUGUUUAUUUGAAGAUAUCAGGAUGAAUGUAGUUACUCCUGUCAAAUCUGAAUUCUUUUUUAAAGUGUUGCUUAAUAGAGAGAUGUUUUCUAAAUAUAAUCAUUUUAAUAACUCAUUUCUAAUCACUAUUUUCUCUUUGCCAUGAUGACAGUAAAUAAUAUUAGACUAGAUAUUCUUCAAGACACUAGUAUUCAGCUUAAAGUGACAUUUAAAGGCUUCACUAGGGUAAUUAGGGUAAAUAGGCAGGUUAUUGGACCACAGUGGUUUGUUCUGUUACCAUUAGGAAAAACAAAAAUCCUAAAGGGCCUGAUAAUAUUGACCCGUAAACAGUUUUAAACAGCCCAAUACCAAUUUUGAAUGCCCAGUUACUUUUCACUCAACUUCUAGCCAUAGAUUAUAAAUACAGUGUCAUAAAUGUUGGUUUAUUCUCACUUUAGAUUUAAUUGGCUGUUUGCUUGAAAUCUGACCAGGACGGUGUGUUUUGGCACUGACAUUUGAAGGACUCCUAAAAUGACCGUUCACCCAAAGAUCACUGUUUACUCACCCUUCAUUUGCCACCCAGGCUCAUUCUGAUUAUGUAGCCCUGUAAACAUUUCUGGAGAGCACCAAAUACAUCACCAGAGCCACGUUCUCUUGCUGUUUUUAUUUCUGUGAAUCCGCCAGAGGCUUCUCUGAGGUCUCAAAAUUCUCUUGUAACUGCCAUUCAUGCCUGCUGUUGCACCAACUGGCCCAAAACCCAAUAACUAACUGCACCGACUGACUCGAUAACCCAACCGACAGUGUUUUCAACAGCACCGACUGACCCGCCCACCCCCUUCCCUAAACCCAACCCACAGUGUUCUCAAAAGUAAUCCAGAAAAAGAAAAGCCUUCCACAGUUUUGGUUUUUCCUACUCUGCUAGUCAAUCGUUAUCAGUCUCCAACAUUGUGUCGUGAUGAUAAACUUUAUUAGAGGAUUAUUAUAUCCAGAGUACUUCAUCUACAACAGCCUGUGAUAUCCCACGGUCUCCAAUUCUUCCUUUACUUGUGUAUUUUCGAAGAGUUUUCUCCUUGUCACUGACAUUAAAUAUUUCAUGUUAAGUCUAGCGCUCUUGAAUUUGUUGCUGAUGUUUAGACGGGACAUUAUGGUGCCUUGGAAGCUGAUCUGAAAGCAGUUUCCUUCAUACAGAAAUGCUGUUUGUUAAGUCAUUGCCCGGCUGAGGAGGGAGAAAGCACAGCAGCUGCCUUCGCUUUCGGACACAGCCUCAUUUUAAAUUCAGUUCAAUCCAUUUUCCUCGCUGUUUUCCACAACAACUGGCCCCGAUCCACAAGCGGAGAGCCACUUUUACAAUGUCUUUUAUUUUAUUUAAUCUAACUUAAAUCUGUGUGGGACUGAAUGGAUCCUCCUUGUUGCUUUGUAAAGAGGGUCAUCAGAAUGUCUUUAAACCCCCUCAUCAUCAUUUCAUUUGGGUUUAACAGUGUCGUGUCACUUCAUCACCAUGUUUUAAGCCAUUAUGUUCAUUCAUUUCCCAUUUGGAAAUAAAAAGUACAAUAUUUUACACUCUCUUCAUAAA